AUGCUGGGAGCAGUAAAUGGCCUCCCGUCGCGGCAGGCUCAUUGUUAUGGAAGCUCAGAACAGGUUUCCUCACCUCCUCCACCACGCUUCCGGAAGUGCCGCCGCCCUCGCGCCCACCAGCGGCCACCCCCUGCGGCAGGCCCCGCCCCCUACCGGCUCCGCCCCCCAGCUCUCCGCCCCCUCCUCCGGUGGUGGCGCCGGCUUGCAACCCGGGUCGUGGUGGUUUCGGUGCCCGAAGCCGGGAGCGCGGAGUCGUUCCCGGAGCGCGGCCAGGCUAUGAUCGCGGGUCCCCGGCGUCCCGCUCCGGCCAACCAGAGUCCCUGUCUCAGCUUGUGCCCGUGCCUGAGCGGUCUCCUCAGCCCAGCUCCGCGGUGCGGUUGGCGGCGGCGGCGCCCGGCGCGCCCCCUCCUCCGAUGGCGGCGGAGAUCCAGCCCAAGCCGCUGACCCGCAAGCCCAUCCUGCUGCAGCGGGUCGAGGGGUCCCAGGAGGUGGUGAAUAUGGCCGUGAUCGUGCCCAAGGAGGAGGGCGUCAUCAGCGUCUCGGAGGACAGGACCGUUCGUGUAUGGCUAAAGAGAGACAGUGGACAAUAUUGGCCAAGCAUAUACCAUAUGAUGCCUUCUCCAUGUUCAUGCAUGUCUUUUAACCCGGAAACAAGAAGACUGUCCAUAGGUCUAGACAAUGGUACAAUCUCAGAAUUUAUUUUAUCAGAAGAUUAUAACAAGAUGACUCCUGUGAAAAACUAUCAAGCGCAUCAGAGCAGAGUGACGAUGAUCCUGUUCGUCCUGGAGCUGGAGUGGGUGCUGAGCACUGGGCAGGACAAGCAAUUUGCCUGGCACUGCUCCGAGAGUGGGCAGCGCCUGGGAGGGUAUCGAACCAGUGCCGUGGCCUCGGGCCUGCAAUUUGACGUUGAAACCCGGCAUGUGUUUAUUGGUGACCAGUCGGGACAAGUAACCAUCCUCAAACUGGAGCAAGACAACUGCACCCUGGUCACAACGUUCAGAGGACAUACAGGUGGGGUGACUGCUCUCUGUUGGGACCCCGUCCAGCGAGUGUUGUUCUCCGGCAGCUCCGAUCACUCCGUUAUCAUGUGGGACAUCGGUGGGAGGAAAGGAACAGCCAUCGAGCUCCAAGGACACAAUGACAAAGUCCAGGCCCUUUCCUAUGCGCAGCACACACGGCAGCUCAUCUCCUGCGGUGGUGACGGUGGGAUUGUGGUCUGGAACAUGGACGUGGAGAGGCAGGAGACCCCUGAAUGGUUGGACAGCGACUCCUGCCAAAAAUGUGAUCAGCCUUUCUUCUGGAACUUCAAGCAAAUGUGGGACAGUAAGAAAAUUGGCCUAAGACAGCACCACUGCCGCAAGUGUGGGAAGGCCGUCUGCGGCAAGUGCAGCUCCAAGCGCUCCUCCAUCCCCCUGAUGGGCUUCGAGUUUGAAGUGAGGGUCUGUGACAGCUGCCACGAGGCCAUCACCGAUGAAGAACGUGCACCCACGGCUACCUUCCAUGACAGUAAACAUAACAUUGUGCAUGUGCAUUUCGAUGCAACCAGAGGAUGGUUACUGACUUCUGGAACUGACAAGGUUAUUAAGUUGUGGGAUAUGACCCCAGUCGUGUCUUGAUGACACUGCAGGCAUCACAAAGAUAGUAUUUACUCAAGAAACGGUUGUUCUAAUCCACAUCAUUACUGGAGCUGCAAGCGGACGUGUGAGAGUUCGAGAGAAACUGCAGAGUGGGGCUGAGCUGACGGGGUAGCAACGCGUACAGGGGUGAGCUCGUGAGUGAACGCUGGCGAGGGAGACUUUCAACGCGUUCAUACGAUAUAAAAGAAGAUAUUUUUUUAGCAAAUGGUUUAUACGGUCUGGCUGUGCUACAUUGUUUUGAGCAUACUGAAAACUUUGUGUGGGGUGUUUAAUUUUUACAUUUUUCAACACUUCGUUUUAGUUGUUGCUUUGCGUGUUGGAGAAAUGACGGAGGCAUCUGUUCAGGGUAUUUUUGGUCAUUAUAAAGUCGUUUCCAUGUUUUCUUCACUUCCGGCACAUAUUCUGUGGUCAGCGUCUUUUUCUUCUGUUACCUACUCUCCGCUUCAUCGGCUCUUUGCCAGUGUGUUUAUAUUUACGCUCUUUCUUCUCAGCGCUUCCGCUUUCACAGAAAUCCUCUUCAACAGAGAGAGCUGGGAAACCAUUCAUGUGGGUUUUCCAACCGACUGCUUGAAUCACGUGAAGAGUUAUCCCUUUGACACGUCUCACUCGCUCAUGUUCUGAGUAGACAUGACCUUGUGCUUCUGCCUCUGUGUCUCCGUCUUUCCCACGUUACAAAAAGGCUGUGAGAAAGCUGCUCCCAACCACCAUCACCACAGAGGUGGGUGAUUGUAACUCAGAGCUUCAACUCGCAGUGCCUGGGUCAUUUCUAAUUCAGGUGGAGCUGUCUGAGCCUUUUCUGUUUUGGCUUUAUUCACAUAGCUCUUCCUCACUCACAAUAUUCAAAACAAACACAACACAACAAAACAAAAACCCAUGACCUUCGGGGGGGGGGGGGGGAGCAUCUGUAAGAUGUGUUUCUCCACGCUGCAUCUCUGAAUUUGAAUGUGUUCGUUACUGCGAGAUCGUAUCCUGCUCUACUCACCAUCUGUAUUCUCUUCCCCUUUAAAAACUAGAUAUUUAAAGAUUUUGAUCUUAAUGUAUUUCAGAACACUGUGCACACUUUCGUACUAAACCUGUGUGAUCUGAGACGUAAAAGGUACCGAGUCGUACAGCUCAUACUGUGUUCCGGUUGGGAAUGUUAAAAAAUUUUUAAAAAGUGGGUGGGGAGCUUAGAAAAUGAACCUGAAGAGCUCUCAGUUGAAGGGAAUCCAGACAGACUUGAUGAAGUGAAAUACUCUUAUGUGUAGUGACUCACCUCAGGCCAUUGAAGUCCCUUUUAGGAAUCUUAUUUUCACCUGUAAAGCCAGACUGCGUUAGCGGCAGGCAUGCACGAUGAGCCGGCCCGUUGUGCAUGCUUUACGUGUACCGCCUCGUCACCCUCCCCUGGCAGGGGCGGCCGGGGAUCACUAAGUCUCUUGAGAUCACCAGGUUAAAUCAAGCCUCGCCGAUAAACAGGCCAAUGACUUGCCCUUCGCUAUCCAUAUUAGCUUGUGCAUUCCUGAUUUGACAGUUUUUUGGUGGUAGUAUUUGAACUGCUCCCGAUUUUUCUUUCGCUUCGGGGGAAGCCAUUUUUUUGCCCCUCAGCGACUAUUCAUUGCUUUUCUUUCCAACCAGGAAAAGUACUACCAGCCUUACGUGGCUGCCGUACUCCCAUUGUCUGAAGACCCCUGACACUGGCCCGUGUACGACCGGGGAGGGGGCUUCCUAGAGAGGGUCCGCUGCUGCAGCGCUGGGACGCACGCCCCGUGCAGCCAGAGUAAUGGCGGCCAUCACCCGAGACCUCAGACCGGAUGAGCUCACGUGCCCAAACGCUAAGGUUGCGUGUGUGCGUGCGCACGCCCACGGAAGCGGUUACCACCGGUCACGUCGCUGUCCCCUUCCACAUGACCCUUGCUUACCAUCAGUUAGUUGCCUGUUAUAACCAAUCCGAGUCUUUCCUGCAUCAUUGUGAGAGAGCUUUAAAAAGGGAAUUCAAAUAUUCAAAUAUCUAUAUUAUAGUCUACUACCAGAACUUGGAGCCGCUUACUAAGUUGCACAUGAUAAAGAACCAUGUGUUGGAAAUGAGUAAUAGAAAUUAAUCUGUUUUCCCUUCCUGGGUUUUGGAGCGUGGCCUGUAUACGGAGAGGGAGAAGUGUUAGGGAAGCAGUAGACCAGUGCCCCUCAAGCCUGACGUGGAUGUGGGUUAGGUCUAGACGAGCUCACACCCCACCGGGGAAGCUGCCUGCCCCUAUGGGGUCACGAGUGUAUACCACGGUCCCCCUGGUCCGUGACCCUGCACUUCACUGCAGCCAUCUCCCUCCCAGCACGGCGGGACCCCAGCCCUCAGAGCCACUCGGAGGUCGAAACCACUCGACACCCCACCGAUGAGAGUCGCGAUCGGAAACCACAGAUGUGUCGUGGCAUCCGCUGCUCCGCCUUUUCCUUUUUCCUCGUCUGUGUGGGUGCUUGAAUUUGGUGAGAAGCGCUUAGCAAACCAACUGUGCGUUUUGUGAUACUGUGAAUUCUUUGAGUUUUACAUUGAGUGCCUCCGCCAUUUUUGUGACUCAUGGAGAGAGAGACGCGGGUGGUGAGUGUCUUCCAAGCAUUUUGUGGCUGGAGGCUUCACCCAUUAGGAGUGAAGGCUGGCACCAGCACUUGGCUCUGCUCCUGUCCAGGUUAACUGUCAUAGUUCUUGUUUUGCCCUAUUGGAAUUGCACUUUACAUAUGUUUUUGCUCUGUUACUUGACCAGUUCCGGCAAGUGAUGCCUUACCUGAAACUGGCAAAACUGCACACAUGUCAUGCACAGACUUAUUCUUCGUUCCGUAGGAUAAAACGAAUCACCUGCUCUCAGUUUCUCCAAAGAAAUGUUACUGGAACCUCUAGCUGCCUGGGUUUGUGUCCACAGUAGCGAAAGUCGUUUUAAAUUAAGCACUUGGAAUUGCAUGUCUUUUUAUAUGUGGUCAGUCGACGACGUGUUUCUCAUUUGGUUGUUUGAAUUAUUCAAGGAAUCCUAAAAUCACAAAACUGGAAGGGAUCUUCAGAGAUCUAGAAUGUUCCAAGCAGAAAACAUGUAGUCACACCAGGCAGUUGGAUACAGCUGAGGUGUAAACAAGAGAACCUAAAAGAAGAAUUUUUGAGGAACAGUUGCUUUUGGACCUUAACUAGUAAUGGCAUGACUAGGAGCAGUGACCUCCAAGCAGCUCUUGGG